UUUUAUAGCUACAGCUUGUUCUUAUUAGUAUUUCGGAUAAAUAGUCAGUAAUAAGUCGCUGUGUUUACUUGGUCAAGCCUGAGACGAGCUCCGAGUUUCGCUCCCACCGAUACUGACAGACCUGCUGGAUGAGUUUGAAAAAAAGCUGAACGCUGCUGCUGCUGCUGCUUCUGGCCACACACUGUAAAUAAGUCUGUGUGUGAUAGAUAAGUGUGUGCUAGCUCACCUUAGGUCAGAGUGCAGCAAUGAGCUCCCUCUCUACAGACAGAAAGCCUCCUUUGGACUACGGUGUCCAAAUCCGCUUCAUCAAAGACUUGGAUGACACAGGUGGAGGCUACGCAGACAGAAGUCGAGGGGCUGGAGCAGUUAGUGGGACUGGAGCUCCUGGAACCCCCCCAUCCAAUAAGUACGGAGUUGCAGUGAGAGUUCAGGGCAUUUCAGGGCAGCCCUAUGUUGUACUAAAGGAUGGGGAGAAGGGGGAUUCCUAUGGGGUACAGCUGAAGACCCAAUCCCAGACACAGAGCCAAGCUCCUGCACUUUCUUCCACAGGAAACGACCUCCCUCAAGCUUUGAGAGAUGGGGCUCAGACUCCUAACCCUUAUGGUCCAGUUGGGCAGUCAGCCUUGCAAGAAGAGGAGACUGGUGAAUAUGGGAGUCCUUUAAGGAGACCACCUGGUGAUGGACAGGCUGGGAGUCAAGGAGAGAUGGAGGUAGGGACUCCAGAACGGCCCACCUCGACAUCUCCAGCCAAUGGUUUGGAAAAGAAAAACUUUGGAGAACUGAAUGAGGCGGGGCUUAGGCGGGUUGGUCAGAAUCAUAUUGGUGCAGCUGAAAAUGGGACAGGGCUGAAUGGACCAUUAAAUGGGAAAAGAGGUGGUGCAUUUCCAGAAUCAUUCCCAGAACCACAGAAACUUCCUUCGUUUGAUGAGCAGCCAGCCGAAGCCAUCGACACUAAAUCCUUAGCUCCCAUUAAUAAGCUCAUCAGUAAGUUUAACAACAAUAGCCCAAGCAUUGCCACAUCCAGCUUGCCAGGUCAGACUAGAGGGCGCUCUGGAGCUCGAACGCGGCUACAGUUCGAAGAUCGGAAGCGCUCUCGCAGCCUGGAUGCCCGCAAAGAUCAGAAAGAGGAACCGCCUUCCCCACCAACCGUAAACCCCUACGCUCCUACCAGUGCCCCUACCAUUGACCCCACCAUUGCCCCCAACACAGCUACCAACACAGCCACCACGCUCAACUCUCCCAAACCAGCAACCUACAGCAGUCUUGGGAGAAACUCUUCCUCCGUCGCCAAGGUUCCUGCUGUCCCUGCUUCAAAACCACUCACGUUCAAUAAAUCACCAAAGAACUUUGUUGCCAUGGAAACUCCACCCAAUAUACCAAAGAAGCCGAUGACCCCCGAGCCUCCGAGGAACCAAAGUGAAAGUACAGAUUUUGUGAAUGAAGAGGAAGCUCAAGCCAAACAAGCUAUCUACAACAUUCUCAAGGAGGGGUCUAUUGAGAGCGAGGCGGCCCUGAAACGCAAAGCGGGCCUCAUUCACGACAGGUUCAGCGAGGUGAAGAUUCCCCAGGCUACCUUAGCAGCUAAAAGUAUAAAGCCUACAGAGGAGACAGAGAGGAAGAACAAGCAGCUACAGCAGCAGCUUGAGCAGACCAAGAGAGAACUGCAGCAUGCACAGGACCAAUUGGUGGAGCUGCGCAUGGAGAAGGAAGGGGUGGAGUCUCGUUUACAUCAGCAGGAGGAUCAUCUGGCUCAACUGCAGGAGGAACUGAGGAGAGUUUCUGAAAACACAACAGACUCACUGCAGACGGACUUAAUGACCAUACAGGCAGAGCUGUCUGAGGCAAUGAUGCUGCGGCAGAAACAGGACGACACUCUAAGGAUGAGAGAAAGGGAGUUAACUGCAUUGAAGGGGGCGCUGAAGGAUGAGGUGGCCUCCCACGACAAGGAGAUGGAGGCUCUGAGGGAGCAGUAUGGCCAAGAUAUGGAGGCGCUUCGACAGAGCUUGGAACAUGUAUCACAGUCACAACAGGAAAUCGAGGAGGAACGUCAGAAGGUGAACUCCUCUAUUCUGGCCCUGGAGGAGGAACUGGACAGCUACAGGGAACAGAGUGACCACUGGAAGAAGCAGACAUCCUCAGUUCAACAAGAGCGAGGGCAGCACAGCACGUUUCAAAAGCUGCUGCAGGCUCAGCAGGAAAAGAAAGAGCUUGAGAAACUGCUCAGCAUGAAGAGUCCUUUGUGUGAAACAGAUUCAGCUCAGUCUUUAACUCAGGAGUUGCAGCGCUGUCGAGAUGAUUUAGAGCAGGCACGUUUAAAACUUAAGAAACAGAACGAGGAGCUGCUGAAAAAGGAGGUUGCACUCGGAUCAGUGAUGAGGACCAGUGAAGAAAAAGAACAGCAGAUGAAGGCUGAGAUUGAAAAACUGAAGGACCAGUCAAAGAAGGACAAGGAAGAACUCGCCAAAGUGCUUGAGAAAACACGUCAAUCACCAGAUCUGCCUCAGGAUGCUGCUGCCACCAAAGAGAAUUCUCUUGAACUUCAAGAGGCCAACACUCGCCUCAGAGAAAGACUGGCCCGCAUGUCACGGCUGCACUCCAGUGUUCCAGAUAGCGGUGGAUCAGAAGCUCUCGAGGAAGAGAACCGGAGUCUGCGCUCACAGUUGGAAGAAGCCCGGCGUGGACUGUCUCGACUCGGGCAGGAGAAAGAGGAGCUCAGCCGGCGGCUGGAGGAGAGAGAGAGGGAGAGAGAGUCCCUGCGCCGGGGGAAGACUGACCUAGAGGAGCAGAAGAGACUGCUGGACCGAUCACUGGAGAAGAUGAGUAAAGAGAUGGAGAUGCUGAUGGGGGAUUCCCGCCAAUCGGUGCAGGUGCUGCAGUCUCAGCUGGAUGACUUUAAAGAUCGGUCUCGUAGAGAACUGCAGGACACCCAGAGGCUGAGCAAAGAGCGACUGGCAGAGCUACAGAGGUCACAGAACAACCUUAAAGCAGCACAGGAGGAGCUGUCUCGUUUAAAGAAGGAGCUUAUGGUGGCUUCUGAAGAGAGGGAUAGUGCUCAGUUGGAUAAGGAUUUGCUGAGCAGCCGUCUUAAACACCUAGAGAGUGAGCUGGACACAGAGAGGACCUCACAGACAGACCGAAGCAGAGAGAUCCGGCUUCUAGAGGACAAAAUGAAGACUUUGGAGAUUGAGCUGGACGAGGAAAAGACUGGAACAGAAUUACUGAAUGACCGCAUCGCACGCAGCCGAGAACAGAUGGACCAACUCCGCUCAGAGCUGAUGCAGGAGCGCUCAGCGAGACAUGACCUUGAAAUGGACAAGAGUUCACUGGAAAGACAGAUAAAAGAUCUAAAGUCUCGUGUAGCUGAUAUGGAAGGUCUGUCCCGACCAUCUGCUGGAGUAACACUGCUGGAGAACAAAAUUCAGGAGCUGGAGGAUCGACUGCGCAGUGAAGAAAGGGAGAAAACCAGCAUCCUCGCAGCUCAAAGGAGGGUGGAAAGAAAACUGAAGGAUGUCAACGCCACACUGGACCAGGAGAGAAACCAACAUGCUGAACAGAGAGACCAGCUCUCCCUGCGUGUGAAGGCCCUGAAGAGGCAGGUGGAUGAGAGUGAGGGAGAGGUGGAGCGGUUGGAGGGAGUCAGGAGGAAGGUUCUGAGGGAGCUGGAGGAGCACCAGGAGGUGAAGGAGGCACUGCAGGCCAAAGUCGGCGCGCUGGAAAACGAGCUAAAGAGGAAGAUUCAGCAGACGCGGCGUCCAGCUCUGGGCUCCACUUUAAGUUCAGAGGAUGAGGAUGGAUACUUUGAUUCCAGCAGCAUCACCUCCAUCCUGACAGAAUCUCAGCUACAGACUACCAACUGUUAAAGUGACAGAGAGGAGAAGGUUAGGGAGACAACAGAGAAAAAAUAAUGAAACUCAGAGUUGAGUUUUAUAGAGACAGGAUACUUUUUGAUCACUUUGAAGCAGUGGUUAAUGUUUGAUACAAUCUUAAAAUCUUACAUAUUUCAUGAAUUUGAGAAAACAUCUGGCACUGUACAUUAUGAUUCAUAUGAACUGAAUACUUUGUGUAAAUCUACUGUAAAAUGUAACGGUACAUUAUAUUUUUAAGCCUAAUGAAAUGUAACAGUUGAGCUGUAUACGAUCAUUGACUGAAUGCCUUAAUUCUGUAAGGGAAUUCUAGAAACAAGUAAAGUGUGAAAGAAAUAAAAUGGAUAAAAAGAUGAAACAAUGAAGUGACCUCAUGGUCCUUCAGAACUAUAGAAUAUACAGUUCUAAACACUGGAAAAAAUUAACUCAGUUUAAAUGAAUUUGAGUUAAACUGCUUUGGUUUGUGUUUUUUUUUUUUUUGAGUAAUAACUGUACUUUUUACUGUGUACAAACCGGUACUUUGUUGUAACUAGAUGUUUUGCUUGAAACCAGCCUUUUGUAGUAAUACAUGGAGUAUUUUCUGUUCAUUCUUGUGACUCUCGCUUGAUUAUGUUAAAAGAAUGUUUUCUUUUUUGCGUGUAUGUUCUGUUUUUUAAUCACCUAAAAUGAAUCUAAAUGGAAGAGCAGCUCUGUUGACAAGUGAACGAUUUCUGUAAUCUGUUCAUACUUCUAAUAAAA